AUGUCAGCCACAGACAUUCUGCGUCUUGCGUCCACCAGGCUGCGGGAGCAGCAGCAGGUACCUCGUCUACUGGUCGCACCGCCCGGACCGGAGCGAACGAUUUGGAACGCGUAUCGGACGUGGGCGCCAUCGAGACAGACGCAGCAAUUAGCCAGUGAAGCGAAGCGUAGCCUGUUCCCAGAGUUGGUUAGCUUUGGCCGCAAGCAACACUGUCGAUCGUUUGAAGAUGUCGUGUGCCAGAAGCAGCAGCAGCCGGAGCAGCCAGAUACGGAUCCAAGUAGCCACCUUCCGAAGCGACUGUCCAACCUCAUUGUAGAGCAUCUGGUGAAACAUUUUGAUGGAGGACGCGAACCAACGCAAUUCACCUGCUGUCAACGGCGCCAUUUUGGAAGCGUUCUCAGUACGGAUCUUCAUCUGCUCAAGAUUAUCGAUCUGGAUAGCGAAUACUACUGGAAACGAGUCGUAUGGUGUUUGCUCCGUGAUCCGUUGCAAUACUACGAGCUCUCGAGCAACACCGAGACCGACUGGAAGCGCCUUGGAGUUGAAUUAAAACUGAGCCACCUAAUCGAACGUCAGGAUCCACGGUACUGGGACCUGGAGCACCUGAAAGAAACGAUCCAAAAAGCGGCCACCAUCGUGCGCAGACUGGACAUUGAACAACUCGUACCGUUCCCUUCCGUUGAGCCCCUCGAGGGUUACGAGUCGUACGAGUUCCAGAACACACCGGUCACCCUCUGUCACCACGGAUCACUGUCAGUGCUCGGUCACCUGUCCGACCUGACAUCGUUGUCACUCGUCUUUGGCGUUAACCACUGGACCCACCAGCCCUACCGCAAACGCUACUCCGAAUGUUCCGUCGCGGAUAUCGAAAACUUGGCCAGGGCCCUACGGAAGUUACCGAAGUUGAAGUGUUUCAGUCUGUCCCGGAGUGCCCUGGAUGGGGAGAAGCUAUCGUUGCUGCUGCAAUCACUCGACCAACUCCCACUCCAAACACUCCGUUUGGUCCGUUGUGAACUGGGCACAGCGUGUGGUGGCAUUCUCGGUCGAUUCCUUAGCCGCUGCCAACCGACACUCACCGAGCUCGACCUUUCCGGUAACCGGUUGGACGCCCGGGAGCUCGACCAGCUCGGACCCGGAUUAGCCGUCUACCGGGGUGCCGUUGACAGGCUGGAUUUGUCUUACAACCCGCUCGGCCAAUCGGGCAUCCUGAUUUUGGGCGGUGCCAUCAAGGGCACGGCACAGCUGACCGAACUCAUCCUCACCGGUUGCCACCGGAUGGGCACGGAAGGAGCGUACCGGGUCAUACAGCUUCUUGGCUUCCAUGAACCGCUCCGCAAGGUUACCCUGAACUGCAUACCGAUCUGUCGCAAAGGUCAGGCGAAGCUUGUGCAGAUUUUGCGAGAAAACAAGCGAAUCGAGGAGGUACGGUGUCGUGAGUGUGGUCUGCCACCCACGGUACGGCAGAAGGUGAGGAAGAUUUUGCUACAAAAUGCCGCACACCGAGCGCAUCAAAUUGCUGGUGAAGCACUGACGGGGGAAAUGGAACCCUCUGGUACCGGCACCGGUGCUUGCUCUCGUGCCCGUAUGUACGAGCUGGCGAGGCAGGUGUUUGGUCCGAAAUCCGAUGUCACCGAGCAGUGCUCUAAAUUCGCUACUGUUAACGAACCGCCCCUGAUUUGA